AUGGCAACGGACGCAGAGGUGUCAGAGCUGAAGGUUGUUCUGCUGGGAAACAGCUGGUCUGAGAGGAGAUCAGUGGGAAAUUUUAUCCUGGGAAAGAAUGUGUUCAACACUGAGGAAGAACCAGAUAGAUGUCUCAAAAUGGACAGAACAUUACAGGGGAACAAUAUAGUUCUUAUCGACACCCCAGAUCUGAUGAAAUGCAAAUCUCAAGAACAGCUGGCUAAUUUUGCCAAAAACUGUGCAGCAAUCUGUGAUCCUGGACCUCAUGUGUUCCUGCUGGUUUUACAGCCUGAAGACUUCACUGAGGAACACAAAGACAGUCUCUGCAGAGUUCUUGACACUUCUGGUGAUCGAUCAUUUGAUCAUUCCUUGUUACUGAUAUCAGCACCAAGAGAGGAGAGUCAAGGGUUAAGGAAAACAUACAAGUCACUCCCUCCACUGGCAGACAUGAUCAAAAAGUGUAAAUACAGAUACUUGGAGAGAGAGAACCUUGAACUUCCAGAGCUGCUGACACGUUUGGGUCAAAUUGUAAAGGAGAACAAUGGAGAUCACGUCAGCUAUGAAGCAUUUGAGGAGCCAACAGCUACACUACCAGGUCAUGAUCAGAGCUCCCACCAAACGGAAACUCAGACUUCUUUUACAGAUACAAUUAAGGCUGCUGCAUCGACAAUCAGGAUUGUGCUACUGGGAAAGAGUAAGGACAAACAGACAACACUUGGUAACAUCAUCCUCAGAGACCGUCCUUUUCAUCAACAAAAACUUCAGACCAAACACUCAGAGGCCCAAACUGGAGAUUGUAGAGGAAACACAGUAACAGUAGUGAAAACUCCAGACAUGUUCAGUCUGUCUGUGGAGGCUGUGAGGAGAGAGGUGAAGAGCUGUGUGAGUCUUUGUCCUCCUGGACCAAAUGUUCUGCUGCUGUUAGUGAAACCUUCUGAUUUCACUGAAGAGAACAGACAAACACUGAAGUUCAUCCUGAGUUUGUUUGGUCAAGAUGCUUUUAAACACUCAAUGGUCAUCAUGACACACAGAGAGGACACACAGAGACCUGUAAAGAAGCUGAUUGAAGACUGUGGAGGAAGAUGCAGCUAUAUGCUUGAAGGUGAUCAUAGUUGGUUAAUGGAGAAAAUUGAAGCCAUUGUGUGUGAGAACAAGGGAAACUUCCUCACCUUAACUAAAGAGUUCACAAGACCAAAGUCUGAACUCAACAAACCAGCUCUAAACCUGGUUCUGUGUGGGAGAAAAGGAUCAGAGAAGGCUUCAGCAGCAAAGGCCAUUUUAGGUCAGACAGGAUUUUAUCCAGUCUCCAGCUCAUCAGAGUGUGUUAAACAUCAGGGAGAGGUUUGUGGACGUUGGGUUUCCCUGGUGGAGCUUCCUGCCUUGUAUGAAAAGCCCCUGGAUGAAGUGAUGAAGGAAUCACUCAGAUCUGUCUCACUCUGUGAUCCUGAAGGUGUCCACGCCUUCAUCCUGGUCCUACCUGUGGGUCCACUCACUGAUGAGGACAAGGGAGAGUUAGAGGCCAUCCAGAACACAUUUGGGUCUAAAGUCAAUGACUUCACAAUGAUUCUGUUCACCAUCAACUCAGAUCCUUCAGCUCCAGAAGUUGUCACCUUUAUUAACAAAAGCAUGGACAUCCAGGAGCUCAUACAGAGCUGUAGAGGAUCUUUUAUUCUCAACAUCAGAGACAGGCAGCAGAUCCCAAAACUGUUGGAUAAUCUAGAGAAACAAAGAUGUGGAAUGAAAAAGCAACCACUCAGCUACACCACAGAAACAUUUGUGCAUGCUCAAGUGGAAAAGAUUGGCACACUUCAGGCUGAAGUCCAGUCACUGAAGAAGAAGAGCAGGACUCUUGGUGAUGAUGAGAGGCUGAACCCAAAGAAUCUGAAGAUUGUGCUGAUAGGGAAGACUGGAAGUGGAAAGAGUUCUUCAGGAAACACCAUUCUGGGAAGAGAGGAGUUUGAGUCUGAACCAAGCCAAACAUCAGUCACCAAACAAUGUCAGAAAGCUCAUGUUGAAGUGAACGGUCGUCAUAUUUCUCUGGUUGACACUCCUGGUCUGUUUGACACAACCUUGUCCCAUGAAGAGGUUUAUGAGGAGAUGAUUAAAUGCAUCAGUCUUCUGGCUCCAGGACCACACGUCUUCUUGUUGGUGGUAAACAUCGGCAGAUUCACAGAUGAAGAGAAGGAGGCAGUAAAACUAAUCAAGGAAGGCUUUGGGAAGAAUGCUGAGAAGUUCACCAUCAUACUUUUAACUGGAGGAGAUUCAAUAAGUAGGAGGAAAAUGUCUGCUGAGGAGUACAUUGAAAAGAAAUGUACUGCCUCCUUUAAGAAACUGGUCGAUGACUGUGGAGGAAGAUACCAUGUGUUCAAUAACUAUGAUGACCAAAACAGAGAACAGGUCAGUGAGCUGAUCGCCAAGAUCGACUCAAUGGUACAGGAAAAUGGAGGCAGCUACUACAGCAAUGAGAUGCUGCAAGAAGCUGAAGCAGCGAUAAAGAAAGAAACAGAGAGGAUCCUGAAGGAGAAGGAAGAAGAGAUGAAGAGGAAGGUUGAAGAACUCCAAAGAAAACAUGAAGAAGAAAUGGAAGCAAUGAAAAGAAGAAUGGAAGAACAACGAGCAGAAACUGAAAAACAGAGGGAGCAGAGAGAGAACCUGCUUAGAGAGAAAGAGAAAAUCAUCAACCAAGAAAGAGAAGAGAGAAGGAGAGAACAGAUAAGUAGAGAAGAGGAAGACGAGAGGAGAAAGCAACAGGAAGAAAUUCAAAGAAGAGACUGGAUAGAGAGACUUGCUGAGUUGGAGAAAAUGAAACAACUGAACUCCAUAUCAUCUCCAGAACCUCCAGAACCUAACCUCAUCUAUACCAAACCUUUGGUCAAAUCUGGCCCAGAGCUUAAAGACCCUGUAAAGUGA